AUGGACAUGAAGUGGCUUGGACUGAUGGGCGUUGAGAAUAAUAGCGGCAGUCAACUGAAGCUGGCGUACGUGGGUAACUGUUUUCCGAUUGAAGUUGAAGCCUUUACCGUUCUUCUUGAUAUCCAAUGGCAGGCAACCAAGGGUAGCUGCAGUUCGGCGAAGAUCGUUGUCACUAUCGAGAUGACACUUUUGCUGUUGGCGCGACGCCCGAUUAUGCAAGCUCAGCUGAAUGUGGUGAUCAGCAACAGUCUAGCAAGACAAGUUGAAGGUCUACGGACAGCACAGGGUAUGUGGUGGAAGUUCUCGAUGGGUACAGAGUGGGACGAGUUGAAGUGGAUGAGUUGGUUCAAGUGGGGUAGGCAUCAUCGAAAGAUCAGGCUUGAGGAGAACGAUGUUGUAGAUGAUAUUAAGCGAAAACCUGAUAAGACACAACCACAAUGCGAAAUUGAUACAGAGAUUGCCAUGAUUGCACGGACAAAUGAUAAUCAACAAAUAGAAGGUCGGGUUUGAGGCCUAAAUUGCACUUGUCUGUUCCUGAGACAGGAAUCGAGAAGAAAGUUCCCAAAGGACAAGAAAGAAAAAAGAACAUGAUUCCGCUUCCCGGUUGCCAGGGAGUCAAAAGUUGGCUAACACCUCAGCUUGUUUUUGUGUGGUUGCCAAGGAUGGAUUAGUACAUGGGUAAUUGGCCAAUCGGAGAGAGCACCAACGCCACUGGCCAACGACGACUAACUUCACUCUCGAUAAUUGGAGAUGCGAUAUCACACGUACUGUGAGCUACUGCCAUGGGUGGUCUUUAGAAGAUGGAAAUCUGGGAUAGUGUUUAGAUGAAACUGUGGUACUUGGUUGUGAUUGCCUGGCAAAGAUGAUGGUUGCUGUGGCAGGAGCACAACACAACAUCAAUUGCACUGAACUGGGCAAGCAGGGUACUGUUGUUGGCAAUCGUCAUACCCGUUUUCC